AUGAGUGAGGUUGUGGAUUCAAGGGACACCAAUAUGGCGCCAAUAAAGGCGGAAUACAUCAUUCCGAAAGAAGAUUGUUCGGUUGAGGAACUGCAAGCAGUCCCGAAAAAGGAGCGACGAGGAAUGAAUAAAACGAGAAGGCGUGACAUGAAGCAUGCUGAAACUAAAAUUCGCGCCAGUGCGAUUCGAUUAUGCCCGUCGGUAAUUCAGCCGGUUCAGUGCAAAUUUGGCGAAAAAUGUAAUUGCGAGCAUGACAUUUCCAAAUUUCUUGAAGAAAAGCCCGCCGACAUUGAUAAUCGAUGUCCAUUAUUUGAUGCGCGCGGCAAAUGCCCGUUCAGCUAUGCUUGUCGAUUCGGCGGCGCUCACAUCGACGACAACGGAACGCAAAAAGAGAAGGAGCCGGAAAUUCCGUACGGCGAAACGAGAAACGCGCACUCGAUGAGUGUUCAAAUCGCGCUGAGAAAAAAGCAGUACGAUUUCUCGAAAUCCGAUAAAGCUUUGGAGAUGAUUAAAGAUGAAACGAUCGGCUCGAUGGGUCCUGAGAAGCGGAAAUUGGAUAUGAAGUCGUUGGCUGGCAAAAAAUACCUCGCCCCGUUGACAACAGUGGGAAAUCUCCCAUUCCGACGCAUAUGCGUCGAUUAUGGCGCCGACAUCACGUGCGGCGAAAUGGCGUUGGCGACAAGCAUUCUGGCCGGCUCCGCGUCGGAAUAUAGUCUCCUUAAAAGGCACCCAAGCGAGAAAAUAUUUGGAGUUCAACUCGCUGGUGGUUUUGCCGACACGAUGGCGAAAGCAACGCAGAUUAUUGUCGAUAAUUAUGAGAAGGGUGGCGGUUGCGCACUGACCACUCGCCAAAAUAAGAUGAUCGAAGUCAUGGGCGCGAUGAAGCACGUUCUUGGCGAGAUUCCGCUGACGGUGAAAAUCCGCACUGGGCUCAAAGAGGGUGUUUUGAAGGCGCAUGAGACGGUCGAAGUGAUGAUGAGAAAUGUGUGGCACGCUCCCGACUUGAUCACAUUCCAUCCGAGAAGCAAAGAGCAACGCUACACGAAGCUCGCCAACUGGGAGUUUAUUGAAGACGUCGCCAAGACGUGCAAGCCUGUCCCCCUAUGGGCUUGCGGCGAUAUUUUUGCCUGGGAGGACUAUUAUAAUAGACUUGAGAACUAUGAAAUUGAUGGGAUAAUGAUUGGUCGAGGUGCUCUCAUCAAGCCGUGGAUUUUCACCGAAAUCGAUGAGCGACGAACGUGGGACAUUUCGGCGACGGAGCGAUUUGAGCUCCUCAAAAAAUUUGUCGGAUAUGGAUUGGACCAUUGGGGAAGUGACGAUGCGGGUGUUGAGCGGACGAGAAGGUUCCUUCUGGAGUUCUUGUCAUUUUCGUGCAGGUACAUUCCUGUGGGACUCCUCGACGUCCUCCCGCAACGAAUCAACGAUCGUCCGCCGAGAUUUCGCGGUCGGAAUGAGCUGGAGACAUUGUUUUCGAGCCCUAGAGUUGAUGAUUGGAUUGAGAUAUCCAAAAGGCUUCUCGGACCGACACCAGAGGGUUUCACGUUCAUCCCGAAGCACAAAGCGAGCUCGUAUUAG